AUGCCGGCACCACCUCCACCCCCACCGCCGCCUGGCUUUGGUGCUCCCGGCUUCAGUGGUGGUGCACCUCCACCUCCACCUCCCGGUGGUCUUCCUCCUCCACCUUCGGGCGGUGGUGCUGGAAGAGGAGCUCUACUCGGCGAUAUUUCGAAAGGAAUUAAACUGAAAAAGGCCGUUACAAACGAUCGAUCCGUUCCACAAGUCGCAGGCAAAACAGGUUCGGCAGCUCCCAGUGGAGGUUUAGGAACUGCACCGGCAGUACCUGGACGACCGGCAUUAGGCGUGCCCCCUAUCCCCGGAGGCAUCGGUGCGAACAGACCGAGAAGUUCGAGUGAUUCCGGCGGUGGCUUUGGAGGAGGCGGUGGUGGUGGAUCAGAAGGUCCACCACAACUGGCAGGAAUAUUUGCUGGCGGCAUACCAAAGUUGAGAAAGAAUGCAGGAGGGGUCGAUACUGGAGCGAACAACAGCUCGCCAUAUCUAUCGGAUAGCGAAACAAUACAGAAACACAAGGCCCCUGUACCGCCAAGGCCGAUACCCGCGAGACCUCCUGGUGGACGACCCGGGCUGCCAUUCCCUCCGUCUGCACCAGCGAUACCGGGUCGGAAGCCACCGGCCCUAGCACCUCGUCCUGCUUUCCCAGGAGGUAUUCCACCUCGUCCAUACUCAGAUGCGCCCCAGGCACCGCCACCAGUACCACCGACACAACGUAGAUUAUCGUCAGCUCCCGCAAUACCUCCACCACCACCUCCUACGGGCUCAGCACCACCAAUACCUGGUGCUAGCAGACUAGGACCAAACCGAAAUGCACCAUCUCCAACACCACCUAGCUUCGCCGCCCCGACAGCACCUCCACCGCCUCCGCCCCCACAACCAACCAGAAAUGUCGCACCACCCCCGCCCCCACAGAUGCCAGUAACACCGCCUCAUACGCAAUCGAACUUUGCAAUCGCGGCCGCUAAAGCAGCAUCCAACUUUGGACCUCCUUCAAACCAUCCUCCUACACCACAAACACCGUCUGCGGCUCCUCCAGCACCCCCUCCAGCACCCCCACAGAGCCGAAUCCCUAGCCGGCGAGAUGUAUCGAAUUUUACAAUAUCAUCGAACAUCAAUGCUGCAGUUGGUCGUGGAAGGUCCGGGAUUCCUAGUAGGCCCGAUAGUGUAGCGUCUACUCACUCGAUCAAAUCGAAUGGAAAUGGAAGGCUUGUAGUUGAUGAUAUGAGGUUCAGAUGGAAGAGAGAGGAGGAGUUACCGAAACCGAGAGAAUGGUUCGGCCCACCUUCUGGAGGCUGGAAGUAUAAGAGCGGAAGGGGAAGCAGUGUACCAUUUGACCUAAGACUUUUAGAUCAUUAA